AUCAUCAAUUUGUUGGCGUGUAGGUGAGAUUUGCUCUUUAAAAUCACAAAUUUCACUAACUCUGAAAUGUCGGAGGCCAAAGAAAAUGUUUCUGAAGCUGUCGGGGGUGACGACAAACCUACAUCUAAAAAAGCCCUGAAAAAGCAACAAAAAGAGGCAGAAAAGGCCUCAAAAAAGCAGCAAAAGCAGGAACUUCUGGAGCAAGAUUUGGCCCAGGCAGCUGAAGCAGAUGACUCAGCCAAACAUCUUUAUGGGAAGUUGCCUUUAAUUCAGUCUAAAGAAAAAAUAGACAGGGUCCUAGUUAACGUCGGUGAAGUUGGACUGGAUAAGAAAGAUCAGACAAUAUGGAUCAGGGGAAGACUGUUCACGAGUAGAAGUUCUGGUCGACAAUGUUUUGCAGUGAUCAGACAACACCACUUCACAAUUCAAGUGCUGGCUGCCUUCAGCACUGGGGGUAUCAGCAAACAGAUGCUCAAAUUCAUUGCUGGAGUGAACAAAGAAUCGAUAGUAGACAUCGAGGGUGUGGUCAGAGCUGUUGAUAAGAAAGUUGAAAGCUGCUCCCAGCAGGAUGUCGAACUUCACGUCAAUCAAUUUUGGGUUGUAAGUGAGGCCGUACCAAGGUUGCCUUUGUUGGUUGAAGAUGCAUCCAGGCCUGAAAGUGAUAAGGAAUUAGGCACAGUCCUUCUUGACACGCGAUUGGACAACAGAGUCAUUGACCUUAGGACACCAGCCAAUCAUGCCAUUUUCAGAAUUGAGGCUGGGGUCUGCCAACUUUUCAGAGAUGCGCUUUCGGCUAAAGGAUUUGUUGAGAUCCACACACCUAAAAUAAUUUCUGCUGCCUCAGAGGGAGGAGCCAAUGUAUUUGAGGUGACCUAUUUCAAGAGGAAGGCCUACCUGGCACAAAGCCCACAGCUGUACAAGCAGAUGGCUGUGUGUGGAGAUUUCGAUAAAGUUUACACCGUUGGUGCAGUAUUCAGAGCAGAGGACAGCAACACCCACCGCCACAUGACUGAGUUUGUGGGUCUUGAUAUUGAGAUGGCCUUCCAGUACCACUACCAUGAAGUUCUUCAGGUCAUUGGAGACUUGUUCGUUCAAAUCUUCAAGGGGCUUGAAACUAAGUACCAAACUGAGAUCAGUACGGUCUUCAAGCAGUACCCUAAUGAACCUUUCAAAUAUCUCGAACCGAGUUUGGUGAUAACGUUUGCAGAGGGCAUACAACUGCUGAGGGACAAUGGUGUUGAUGUUGCCGAUGACGAGGACUUGAGUACGCCACACGAGAAACUGCUUGGUAGAUUGGUUAAAGCUAAGUACGAUACAGAUUUCUAUAUAAUGGACAAAUUCCCAUUGGCUGUCAGGCCAUUCUACACAAUGCCUGAUCCAAAUAAUUUGAUGUAUUCCAAUUCGUACGACAUGUUCAUGAGGGGCGAGGAGAUCCUGUCAGGUGCACAGAGAGUCCACGACGCUGACUUCCUCAUCGAAAGGGCCAAAGAACACAAAAUCGAUCUGGAGAAGAUCGAGGCCUACAUUGAUAGCUUCCGCUACGGGGCCCCUCCGCACGCCGGGGGUGGCAUAGGGCUCGAAAGGGUGACUAUGUUGUACCUGGGUCUCGAAAACAUUAGGAAGGCCUGCAUGUUCCCUAGAGAUCCUAAAAGAUUGACCCCUUAGAUAUGGUCGCCACUGCAUUGGCGAUGUGGAGCUCCUGUGGAUGAAUCGUUGUUUUUCUGGCGUUUGGUACUGAAUAUAAUUAUGAUGAGAUAUUAUAUUAUAUUAUCGCUAAUUUAUUUAAUUGCCUUUAUAAUUUUCUUCAUUAGAUCAGAUUAUUUCAUAAGAUUGAAAUACUGUUAUAUUUUGAUGAAUGGUAGCGAUAUUGAUGUUCAGUUGGUUGGUUGACAGGUUGAUUGGUUGGCUGGAUUGAAAUUAAUUGGAGGGAGAGAGAGAGAAAAAUAUAUCGUUUUAAUUUCAUUAUAACUAUGAAUUGUUAAUUUUUAAUAAUUCGGCUAAUUGUGUUAGUUUCA